AUGGUAUUGUCAAAUAUGACUGAUUUAGAAGGAGAAGAUACUUUGACUCAGUUAAAUACUCAGUUAAAUAAAUCUAUGAUUCUAAUGGAUACUUCAAUUAAGAUGGAGUCACCUCAGCCAAAAACUAAUAGGUCCAUAAAAAUUAAUACAAAAGUUCAAUCAGCCAGUCCUCAUAAUGGUUCUCCUAAACCCAGGAAAAGUAUUUUGAAGAGUGCUGAGAAAAAAAACACGAUAAAGGUAGAGCCCAAUACAGAAAGCCCAAUACAAGAAACAUCAAAAACAAAUCAAAGAAUGUUAAAGAAAAUAGCUCCUGUUAGAAGACCGCAUAAUAUUACUGAUUUGGUAGAAGAGGAAGGUUUAAUUAAAGAAACUACAAAUUCUACACUAUGCUUAAGUGAUCUAUCUGAUAGUGAGGACAUAUGGAUUAUGGAUAUACCUAGAACAAUAGACCCCAGAGAACUUAAAGGUCAGACAUUAAUAUUUGGAGAGAAAUCAAAGUUUAAAGUUAAUAAAGAAAGAUACUAUGCAGUGAAUCAUGAAGUUAAAUGUAAUAUUACUUGUGUACUUAAGACUGACAAAGCAAAAUCCCAAUAUAAAACUGUUAAUAUAAAACCAGCAGGUUCAUUCACCGUUAGACGGAAACUUUCAAGUGUUUCAAAAAUGAAACCAAUGAAAAUAGAAAAUUAUAGUGUGCCAUUUCCAAAAAAUUUGAGAUCACGGCAUCCAUUGUUUGGUGUAAGUUACGAAGGUAAAUUUAGAAGAGUGCAAUAAUUCUUUCAAAAUAGUUCAUCUAAAAACAAAUGAUGAAAA